AUGGCUACUGUUGUUGCUGCGAGUAAUAAACUGUCCCUUGUCUAUGACCAAAGCAUCUCAUGUCGUCUACCAGCAUUCAUAAAACUGUCCAGGCUAACUUGUAAGCUUGUAGGGCCUUUUAUCCGGCGUCAUCGGAUUUGUCUUCCACCUCCUGAUGAGGAUCAGUUUUAUACUGUGUAUCAUUUCAAUAUCAACAUAGACAUUGUCUUUUAUGGCUGGACGUUCAAGAUUUAUGACUGUGAUGCAUUCACAAAAAACUUUUUGAGGAAAAUAGGAGUCAAAUUAAACCUACCGGGAAAGUGCCCUGAAGAUCCUUAUAUGAAAGCACGGAAAGAGAUGCUAGACCGCUUGAAGCCCUUACGUCCUUAUCAGUCCUUCAACACCCUGAAACAGUUCCUUGAGCAUGACAGGCAGGUUUUGCGUUUCUUCUGCCUGUGGGAUGACACAGUUUCGAUGUUUGGGGACCGUAGAGAACUUGUCCUGCGUUACUUUUUGACUGAUGAUACCAUUGAAAUCAGAGAAUCGAUGCUGAAAAACUCAGGCCGGGAUGCUACGUUAUUCUUCCUCCGGAGGGGGAAGCUACCCAAGUAUGGCCCACCUGGAGUCUAUCAACCGGGCCAGAUAACAGAUCAGGCAGUUCUCAAUGUGUAUGGGGGCUUCUCAGUGAACCGAGUAUAUGGCUACCUGAUGGAUAGAUACGAGUUAGGAAAAUUAGACCAGGAGUUUUACAAAGAUAGUGACCUGGUCCUAGGAACCACCAUCAAUGCGUGGGGAAGAAAAGUGCUCCUUUGCGACUGUGAUGAAUUUACGAAGUGUUAUUAUAAGAAUAAAUACGGAGUUGAGAACUUUACCUCCAUUCCAUGCAAGCCUCCACCUCCUCCAAAAAUAGAAAGGAAAUUUCCACCUUAUACCGGCUUUGGUUCUGAAGAGGAUUCUCUCCGCUCCUGCAUUGGUCUCAGGCCCACACCUUAUCGGAGGGACUUCAGGAAGUUGGCGGAAAAAGACAGCUAUGGCUACAUAAGCUAUACACUUCUUUUUUGCAAGACUAAUCACACACAAAUGUGCUGAUGUGGACAGGAUGUUCGUUAUUUCGUAUUUUCUCAGUGAUAACACAAUGUCAGUGUUUGAACCUACAGACAGGAAUUCAGGACUUACUGGUGGAAGGUUCUUACGAAGAGAUCGUGUUAAGAGGCCUGGACAAGAAGUCUUUAAAAGUGAACUAUCGGAAUAUAUCCAGCCUGAGGAGCUGUACGUUGGAGCUAGAGUAAAUGUGAAUGGCUACAUAUUCCAUUUGCUCAAUGCUGAUGAAUAUACCUUAAGUUACAUGGAGAAGA